CUUAUGAUUGAUAAGAGAUCUUGAAAAUAAGACUUGUGCGCCAUGGCCUAAACACAAGAACCCCGAAACAAUCACCUCUGUCCCAUGCUUGCAUACGCAGGUGCCCAACCCUCCGACUAAAGCAAGAUGCUGCUCCUGUACCAGGCCGGGAGCGUCAAAAUCGGAGAGGUAGUCCGCUACACCGUGACCUACACACCGGCCCACGACCGCAUCCUCCCAUCUCCCGCGCGACUGCAUCUGAAGAUCAAGAACACAUCCGCGAUCGCGCUGCGCGCUGCUUUUGUGCAUGGGCCGUACACGCUGUACACGGCCGCGUACCCAGCGACCUUCAACCCGGACGAGAAAUUCGAGCACCCGCGGCGGUACGGGGUUCCCGAAUUCGAGCCCAACCUCAAAGCCGGAGGGACCUUCACCACCGAGCUGCUGGUUCCCGAGGAUGUGCAGAAGACGGCGGGCACGUCGCCGGCGCAUCGAGCGGCGGGCGCAGCAGAGGAGGACGGGAACGUGAAGAGCGUGAGCUGGAUCAUUGAGGUCACGUCGCAGGUCAUCUUCUCGACGUCGGCGGCGGUGCACUAUGAGAUCCUGCUGGCGAGGGAUCAGAAGAGCCUCUCGUUGGGCCUGGCGGCUGUGGGCGGAGCGGCUCCAACACCGGGCCAGGUCAGCGAUCAUCAGCAGAGUCAGGGAGCGAAGGAUAAACAUCACAAUGCGCUGCCGAAGGGGAUAUAUUCUAAAGCGAUCAGGUUAAGGGUGGAUGAUACAGCCAGUUUAUGGAAUACCCCCAGGAUGCCGCAGUGGGAUGAUGAGGGGAAGGAGAGGGUGGAAGAGGGCAAUAAGGAUGCGCCGGUGGAAAGUGUCACGGGAGAAACACACGGGGUAGAGAAUAAGAGACAGAGGAGGCAGAAAAAGGUUCAUCUGGUGUUAUUGACUCAUGGAUUACAUAGUAAUCUUGGAGCAGACAUGCUGUACUUGAAAGAGCACAUAGACGCCGCAGCAAAACAGGCGAAGAUAGAUGCGAGGGCGCGGAGAGCAAAGAGAAGGCAAGAGGAGCGCCAGAAGGCAUCUGGCGAUGCCACCAGCCACAAUGAUCAGGACGGAGCCGAGCGAAAAGGAGACGAUGGGAAUACAAAACCGCCGGCCGAGCAACUGGAGGACAAUACCGAUAUAGAUGAAGAUGAGGAGGAAGUCAUCGUGAGGGGCUUCUCCGGGAAUGCUGUACGAACAGAAAGAGGCAUCAAAUACCUCGGCAAGCGGAUGGCAAAGUACAUCUUGAGAAUGACAUACCCAGACCAGCCUUAUCUGCCGGUUACGAAGAAGUCUGCCGCUCAGGUCCUCUCUCAUGCCAUGAGGCCAGACCACCCGAAGGAAGUUGACGAGGGUAUUCCAAGCCAUCACCGUAGCACCAUAGAGAAAGAGCCAUAUCACGACAAGGAAUUGCCAUACAAGAUUACCAGCAUCAGCUUCAUUGGCCACUCUCUCGGUGGUCUAAUCCAAACCUACGCCAUAGCAUACAUCCAGAAACAUUCUCCUGAAUUCUUCGAUAUCAUCAAGCCGAUAAACUUUAUCGCCCUCGCCUCACCAUUCUUAGGCUUGAGUAACGAAAAUCCCCUGUAUGUCAAGUUUGCACUUGAUUUCGGGUUGGUUGGUCGUACCGGCCAGGACCUUGGUCUGACCUGGAGAGCACCUACGAUCGCCCGAAGUGGAUGGGGUGCUAUUGUCAGUAGUAUUAGUGAAGGCACACACAAGAAGACGGAGGAUGAGGAAAAGCCAGAGUCAAAACCUCUUCUACGAGUUCUACCUACUGGGCCAGCUCAUACUGUACUGAAAAAAUUUCGGAACCGGACAGUCUACUCCAACGUCGUUAAUGAUGGAAUCGUACCUCUGCGAACGAGUUGUCUGCUGUUUUUGGAUUGGCGGGGACUGGGCCGUGUGGAGAAAGCAAGAAGAGAGAAUGGCUUGGUGGGCACGAUGGCUGAAUGGGGUUGGGCUGAGCUCACUGGCCAGAAUUCGGCCUCGCCGAUGAGGUACACUUACUCGGACUUGGCGUCCACUGAUGAAGAGACAGACGACAAUACCCCAACUCGGCAAGGACACGGAGGUGAUGUGCCUCAGCCUCCUCCUACUGCUACCCGUGAUGAUGAUGCUAAAAGCUUGAGAGCUCUCAAAAAUGGGCGUCCAGAUUCUGCUGCCUCGUCUGCUGAUGACGAGGGCAGCGAUCUCCAUAGUCCAUCCAAGACAUCUCCAACGACUCGUACCAGUAGUCCUCUGGCGAGUCUCUUUGGAUUAUUCCGUCCUAGCCCUUCUCCCAAACCACACAAUGAUCAUCCGAAGCAUACGAAAAUCUACAAACGCAGCCAGACAAUCAAGGGUGGUAGCGAUCCCUCUGGAUCAACAGCAUCCACUUCAGACCCCCCAAAUGAGAGAUCCAAAGCGACCAGCGGUGACUCGGACCACGAAGACUUCGAUCGACUCUCUGCGCCCCCUAAAACGACUUUCUUCGAAUCUGCUGGCGACAUUCUUAAACCCCCCUUGCCGUCUGUUGAGUUUUUAACCAAUCCUGCUUCUCGUCCCAGGACGAUAUUCCAUGAUCGUGUCUACCACCCCGAAGAUAUCCCUCCGCCACCUCUCAAGAAGCGAUCCACCAGCGCUCUCACACAUAAGCAACGCUCGUCACCUAACACAGCCGGUGAUUCUUCGCCUAAAAGCGGUAUCUCGCGUCACAGCAGUUCCCUCUCCACGCGUGACUACGACGAUACGAAGCACACGAACCCCAACAAAGACCCUCGAGAAGUCGUCGAUGGCUCAGCAAUGAAAGUAGAAGAGAAGAUCGCUCGCGCUUACCACCGGGAGCUCUCAUGGCGCAAAGUGCUAGUUCGGCUGGAGCCGGACGCGCACAACAACAUGAUCGUCCGGCGCAUGUUCGCAAACGCCUAUGGAUGGCCGGUCGUCAAGCACCUCUGCGACACGCACUUCAGCGACAGCGUCGCGGCCACGACGCCCGACUCGGACGAGACGAACGAGGAGCGCGCUAAAGAUUACAACGAGGCCCCCGACUCGGGCGGUAACGAAAUCAAAGAUACCGAACCCAGCCACCCUAAACCUCUCAGCCGAACCGCCUCCGAAGCGCACGAAGCUCUCGACUCCGUCCCGGCACUAAACCCCGUGUCCAAACCCGGACAUCUCAGCAAUAGCAGCAACAGCAACGUCUCCCCUAGAAAAGGCAGCAGCAGCAUCCGCGCGGCCCAGCAAUCAGCCACGGGAGACCUCGAUGCCUGGCACGAGCGCUACUGGGAGGAUAGCGCGGGCGACAGCGAUGAAGAAUACUACGAAGAACAAGCCGUCGACGACGAGGACGGGAGGCGGCGCGGCGAGCCGGAUAAUAAUAAGAAAACUACUACUAGUACUGGUGGUGGUUGGAAUUGGACCGAAGUCAUCGCUGGAAGGGGAUUAUCUCAGAGUCCGAAAGGGAUUAAAGAUGCCAGUGCUGGUGGUCAAACUCAGCAUGGUAGCGGUGCCGCUUCAUCAUGAUUCAUGGCUUGGUUUUGAUUGGUUGAGAAGGUUGAGAAGGUUGUUUAAUAGAGAGAUUUGAAAAGAAAGAGGUUUUGGGGGAAGAGGGAAUGAAUGAAUAGCAUGAGGUACUAGAUGAGGUACUAGCUAAGCUAAGGUGCUUAGAUAUGGUGUAAUGAAUGUUUGCCUUGAAUGAAUGAAUAGACAGACAUAUGUAGAGCUUGGAGCUUGGAGCU